UAAAUUUGCCAUGUUCAGUUGAAAAUAUAUAAAUAUAUCAAUAGGUGCUUAGUACAGAUAGCUGCCUGUCUUAUAAGGUCAGUAGGAGGUUUUGAGGAUCACAGAGAGGCUGUAAGUCCCUGCAGCAUUAUUGUAUGAAUAUUACUCAAAUGAUCAGACUGGGCCAUUCGGCAUUCAGUAUCAAUAUUCUGUUCUUACAGGACAUUUACACGGGGCACUGGGGCUUUAAAUGGCUCCUUGAACCCUCGGGCACCCAGUUAAUAAACACCCACGUCAGCACAGUGCUCCAGUCGCUCUAACCGGGUUUCGGUCUUUAGGGCUGAGCAGGAAGUGCCUGAGUGUGGACCCUGGACGAGAAAAAAAAGCAAAAUAAAUUAAAAAUGGAUAUGGUGUCGGACUUGGGGGCGAAUAGACUCUACCGGGCGCCGGGUGAAUCAAGCCACCACAGGCAGCCUCAGAGGUGGUUCAACACCGCUGACAUCACAGUGGCUCACCAAAGCAACCUGCUGAAGCAGCUCAACCAGCAACGCCGCCAAGAGCUUUUCUGUGACUGCAGUGUGCUGGUGGAGGGCCAGCUCUUCAGGGCCCACCGCAACGUCUUGUUCGCCAGCAGCGGCUACUUCCGCAUGCUGCUGUCCCAGGGGCCCGACGGGCUGUCCGACUCUGUCAACGCCACCUUUGAUGUCUUCAGCCCUGAGACCUUCACCGUCAUCCUGGAUUUCAUCUACUCCGGCCAGCUGGACCUCUCCAGUCACAAUGUGAUUGAAGUGAUGUCUGCAGCCAGUUACUUGCAGAUGAACAAUGUCAUCAACUACUGCAAGAACUUCAUCAAAUCCUCUUUGGACAUCAGCGUGAAAGAUGAAGACAGCGACCGCUGCCUCAGUUUGUCUGAGACCUGUAGCUUUACCAGUGGGGCCGGAGAAGAGACCUCAGAGCAGCAGCAGCAAGGCCCCUCCUCUGUCAGCCCUCCGCCAGCGCUUUGGACCCGUGACAACUCCAGAUCUCAGUCCAGCUUCUUGGGGAAGGACCUGGACCAGGACAUUUCAGGCUCAGACUUGAAGACUAACCCAAUCAGCCCUGCUAAUGAGCUCAACACAGAGUCAGAGGACCUGCAGGACCCUCAGGACCCUCUGUAUACUUUGCCUGGAUCAGAGCGUCGGCGAGGUAAAGGUGCGUCUAAGAGGAGAACGCCCAACAGCACUCGCUCCAACCAGCAUGAAGACUUGGACAUCCAGGAGGCGAGGACACAAAAGGCUGAGAAGGCAGAGGAGCUGUAUGCCACUCUACCUCCUAUUGUAGGUGUUAUUGGACACUUUAAUAAAGACUCCAACCCCAUUAUGCGUUUCAAAUGUCCCUUCUGUACACACACAGUGAAGAGGAAGGCUGACCUGAAGCGUCACUUGCGCUGUCACACUGGGGAGAGGCCGUACCCCUGUCAGGCCUGCAAUAAACGCUUUACUCGCCUGGAGCAUCUUCGCAGCCACUUCGAGACGAUCCAUCAAGCCAGGAAGCUGGUGUGCAGGAAGUGUAAGUGUCAGGUGACGGAGGAGACAGGGCAUGUGGUGUGUGAGGGCACACGACGCUACCGCAUGUGCACCGCGUGCAUCCAGGAAGUGGGUUGCGACAAUAUCCCCAUGGACAGUCUAGAGGGGACCAAUGAGGAGCCGGCCCUGUUACUGGGUGUGGAUGGGGAGGAGGAGGAGGACACCAAGAGGACCUGGAUGGUAACCGAUGACGACGACCUGGCAGAAGACUCGGGGGCCGACCUCAUCAUCCAACAAGUGGACGACAGUGAUGAGGAGCUGCAGUGAAACGGGGCCAAAGUGUGUGUGUAUGCAGAGGCAUGCACGAAUAUUGACUGUGUGCGAGUGUGUUAAAGCCAUGCAAGAGAAUUUAUGCAUAAAAUAUGUGAUCCACUAAUGUAAAUACACACAUUUAUGAUAUAUUAGUUAUCCUAUUAGUUUAAUGGUUAAUCAUUAAUUUCAAAGAGAUUGUUGACCUUUGUGAUAAAACUGAUUGCUUUUUGUUAAGCUUUAUAAAGAUAUGCAGUAUCCAAAGCAUGCAUAUUCAGUGUUUCCUUUGCUUCAAUUAUAGUUAUAUGAUGAUAUAUGUUUUCAUAUGCAUGGAAAAACACCUUCACUUCUUUUUGGGACUCUGCUUUGAUAAAAGUUGGCAUUUGAGCAAAACAAAAUGACAAGGAUAUCAUGAAAGUCAAGAGCAGAGUUGUUUUUUUUUCAAUGUCUCACUGUUGCAGUGCUCUUUAAGAUUAUGUUUGAUUACAAUAUGCACUAUGAAGUAAAGCCAAUUAUAAUUUAUUUCUUUUUUUACUUUUUGACACAUUAAAGAUAUUUUUCUAUA